AUGAUCGAGCCUGGAAAUGUAAAUAGCAAUGGGGAAACCUUAACAGAAUUUGCGUUUCCAGCCCUUGAUGUAAACUCGUUUCAAGAAAGCGCAGAGCCCUCUCCCUUCUCUGGUGGUCCGAUUCGACACAGCAAAAAACGUAAUCACACAAACACACCAUAUACUAGAUUUACAAACUCAGCUAAUUCAAGCUCUCAACCAACCCACUGGCUAUCGAACAUUAUUAGCAAGUUCCUCCCGGGAUGGUUGAAAGAUUUUAUAUGGCCGCAAACAACUCAAAGAGUCGCAACUGAGGAUACCUCAGUAGCUUCUAGUUCAAAUUUAAUUGAAACAGAAAAUAUAGUUCAGAGUUCUAUUGAUGAAUUACAUGGAACGAUUGUGGAAAGAGAAGAAAAUCAUCUUCAAUCAUCUCAGUUAAAUGCAGUUAGUAGAAGUUCAUUAAAGGUUAAAUAUAGUAGAUUAGGUUCUUCAAGAGGGACAGCAGUUUUUGGCGGCCGAAUAAAAUCAAGUUCUGCACAAAGGCGGGGAACCAUCACCCGAGCAAGACCAAACCACAUUUCUGCACGAGAAGAGGACCUUUUGUAUCCCGGAGAGAUGAAAGAUUCUUUACCGAUCAAAAAUGAACUUUCGGAAAUACCAUCAGAUUGGUAUAAACCUUUUAAAGAUUUAACAGUAAACGACUCAUUCUCAUCAUUUACAUCAGAUACAUCGUCAUCCUCUAAAAAAGAAACUCAUGCAAUCAAAAAACCAUCAAGUAAAGGACCUCCCCUUAAAAAAUUUAAGACCAAUCUUGUGCCUGAUGCUCACUGGUUUGAUUAUUAUCCUUCGGAGAAGAGUAAUAGUGAGAAAAAGUCGACGCUUGUUUCAAAGAGCUUAACUUCCAAAAAGCAGCCUAUUAAUGGUACUGUUCCUAUUCAAACGCAAAACCCUUCAGUCUCUACUGUUUCAACAAAAUCCACAUCUGAUUCUGGAAGAAAAUUUGCCCUCGAGAUGUCCGGUACUCAAGCAAAAAAUUCAUUUUCUUCUACACCCAAUUCAGAAAACAAAACACCUGAUGAUCAAAUAAAAAAAUCAUCAACUUCUGCUGUAAUUGAACCUACGCUCAAUUCUGGAAACCAAUUGGCGUCUGUUGAUCAAACAAAAAAAAUCUCAACUUCCAUUACUUCGACCUCAUCUACAUCUGAUUUUGGGAACGGAUUUUUAUUAGGGAUAUCUGUUGAUCAAACAAAAAAGUCUCUAACUUCUACCUCUGCUGCUUCAAAUAAAUCGGACCCUGAUUUUGGAAGCAAUAUUGAAUUUGAGACACUCAACGAUCAAACGAAAAAACCUUUAAUUUCUGAUAAUUUAGAGGAGCCUACCUCCAAUAGUGGAAGUAAGAUUACAUUUGGGGUUAUCGACGGUCAAACGAAAGAAGCCUCAGUCACGCCAACAAAUCCUGCUGUCGGUUUCGGAAGUAAGUUUACAUUUGGUAUAUCCGGCGAUCAAACAAAACAACCUUCAGCUAAGUCUGCGUCCGAUCUUGGAAACAAGUUUACGUUUGGGAUAGUCAAUGAUCAACCAAAAGAACCUUUAGUCGCCUCAACUACAUCUGGGAUGGCUAGUGAUCAAACAAAAGAACCAUUAGUCGCGUCAACUAAAUCUGCUCCUGAUUUUGGAGGCAAAUUUACAUUUGGGAUUUCCAGUGAUCAAACAAAGGAACUUUCUGCCACCUCAAUUAAACCUGCGUCCGAUCUUGGAAAGAAGUUUACAUUUGGGAUGACCGGUGAUCAAUCAAAAGAACCUUCGACCGCAUCAACUAAGUCUGCGUUAACCAGUGAUCAAACAAAAGAACUUUCAGCUGUAUCAACUGAACCUGCAUCAGACCUUGGUGACAGCCUUACUUUCGGGACAACCAGUGAUCAAACAAAACAGCUUUCAGUUGCCUCAACUAAACCUGCGUCUGAUUUUGGAGGCAAUAUUACAUUUGAGAAAUAUAAUGAACAAACAAAAAAGCCUUCAAUUUCUGCUACUUCAAAUGAUGCUACAUCCAAUAAACUCACGUUUGGUAUGCUUGCUUCAACUAAACCUGCAUCUAAUUUUGGAAAAAAUUUUACGUUUGGGACACCUGACGGUCAAAAAGAAAAACCACUGGAUUCUUCUACUUCAACUAAAACUUCACCAAAUUUUGGAGCACUUUUUACACCUGACAAAAAAUCCUUAAAUUUUUCGACGCCAACGAAAUCAGUGUUCAAUUUAGAACCCUCUGCUUCAAUUAAACCAAUUUUUGGAACAUCUAGCAGCCAAGCACUGAAUGCAACAACAACUAGUAUUUCAACCAAGUCCCAUUUUGACUUUGGAAAUAGUCCCGCGAAAUCAAAUAUCUCUUCUGAUGUUCCACAUUCUUCAUCUGCGCCCAAAAUCGUUUCUAACAAUGAGGGUCAGAUGGCUAAUGAAAAGGAAGAAUCAUUUAAAACAUCGAGUUCUGAAACUCCUAUUAAGUCGAAAAGUGAUGAGACUUCAACCGGACCUAAGGAGAUCGAACCAAAGAGGGAUGAGACCUCACUAGAAUCGAAUAAGGAUGAAACUUUUCUACAAUCAAAGAAAGAUAAUGGUAAAUCUGAAUCAAAAAACGAUGAGACCUUACUUGAAUCAAAGAAAGAUGGGACCGCGCCUGAAUCAAAGAAGGAUGAUACCGUGCUUGAACCAAAGAAGGAUGAUGCCGUGCUUGAAUCAAAGAAGGAUGAUACCGUUCCUGAAUCAAAGAAGGAUGGAGCUUUAGAUCCAUCUAAUUUACCAUCUAUAUUGACGAGCAAUUCAAAGGAAACCAUUGGGGAUAUUAAAGAUAAAAGUUCACCGUUUGCUCCUAAUAGUUCUCAUACACAAACACUUGUUCCGAGUCCCUCAUCUGGAUCUCCGAUGGAUAUAGACACAAGUAAUGUUAACCAUCAAGCCUCCAUUCCACAAUCAUUAUCUUUUACCUCUACAUCUUUCGAUUAUUCGAAUUUCGGACAAGAUCUUGGAAAAAGUUUUUCUUUCAAUAGUGGCGGUCAAAUAUUCAAUUUUAACUCUGGAGAUAUGUCGUCAACAGAUGCACAAUCAAGUUACGGUUCUAAACAUCGACAAUUUAUUCCUAGAAAACAACGGAACAAACGUUCCUAUGAACCAUCCGGUAACGAAGGGCGCAACAUAUUGUUAAAUCCUAAAACAGAUUCUUCUGACGGACAUAGUUCCAAUCGAAUGAUGAUGUCCGAACCUGGCGCGUUUACUUUCCAAAUGGAUUCUCAAAAAUCUGAUUUACCAACUAUUCCAACUCAACCAAUUUCAUCAACUGGCUCAAUUUUCAAAUUUGAUAUUCCUGAAAGUCAAAAAAAUUCUGGAAAUCCGUUUCAAACUACGCCCAUUUCCCAACCAUCUUUACAAGGAUCGAACUUGACCACAUUUAAAUUUCAAGACCCUCAAAGUAACUUUAUGCCACAAGUUCCCUCAUCUACAUCGAUCUUCACUCCCUUCAACGGAAAUGGAGGAACUUCUGGUUUCAAUGCACCUCAAUCGUUGAUUUUUGAUGCUAAUGCUAAUUCAGCCGGUAGUGGUUCGAGUACUCCCACAAAUAUAAAUAUGAAUAGUGGUGUUGGGCAGUUAUUCUCUCAGCAAAACCAGCAAAACCAGCCAAACAGAGUGUUAGCCAGAAUGCGUAAGCCUAAAAGAAAAUAA